GCCGCCCGCGAGGGCUGCAGCGGGCUGGGCGCCGCGCGGGAGGGCGGGCCCCGCACCCCGGACGGGGGCGGCGGUGCCGCCGGCGGCGAGCUCGACCUGGAGUGCCCGCAGUGCAGCGGCGUCCUGUUCGAGGCCACCACCCUCGAGGACGGCGACACGGUGUGCCGGCCCUGCGCCCGCCGGCGCCGCGAGGGCCUGGAGGAGGAGGAGCGGGCGCUCCCCGCGUGGGCCCCGCGGCGCGCCGCCGUGGGCUUCGGCGAGGGCAUCAACGUGGUGCUCACGGAGCUGGCGCAGCACUUCGCCCCGAGGGCCCAGGCCGUGGCCGCCGCCCGCCAGCGCGCCAACGGCCUCUUCGGCGAGGGGCGGCUCGCGGAGGCCGAGGCGGCGUACUCGGCGGCCAUGGCCGAGGCGCCCUGCGCCGACGCCGUGCUCCACUGCAACAGGUCGGUGGCCCGCCUGAAGCUCGGCGACGCCGGGGGCGCGCGGGCCGACGCGCUGGCCGCGCUGGGCCUCCUCGCGCGGCGCGGCGCGGCGCCUGGCAGUUCCGCUGGCCCUGGGGGUUCGAUGUGGGCGAAGGCCUGGUUCCGCCUGGGGCAGGCGCUACUCGCAGCAGAGCCCCCAGAGGAGGCCCGCGCCUGCUUCGCGCUCGCCCUCGCCUCGUGCGGGUCUGGGGCAG